CCGCCCGCCGCCGCCGCCGCCGGCCCGCCGCCUCCGGAGUUAACCAGGCCGCCAUGAAGAGCUUCUCACAGUGAAAGGAAAAGUAGGUCGUACCCACUUGAAAAUGCCUUUAAGGGACAAAUACUGUCAGACUGACCACCAUCACCAUGGAUGCUGUGAACCAGUUUUUAUCCUGGAGCCUGGAGAUCCUCCCUUGUUACAGCAACCACUACAGACAUCCAAAUCUGGCAUUCAACAAAUAAUUGAGUGCUUUCGAUCAGGAACCAAACAACUUAAGCAUAUUUUAUUAAAAGAUGUGGACACUAUUUUUGAAUGUAAAUUAUGCCGUAGUCUUUUCAGAGGAUUACCAAAUUUAAUUACCCACAAGAAAUUUUACUGCCCACCAAGUCUCCAGAUGGAUGACAAUCUUCCUGAUGUAAAUGAUAAACAGAGCCAAGCCAUAAGCGAUCUUCUAGAAGCCAUCUAUCCCAGAGUGGACAAGAGAGAAUACAUUAUUAAGCUGGAACCCAUAGAGACGAACCAGAAUGCAGUGUUUCAGUAUAUUUCGAGGACAGAUAAUCCUGCUGAAGUCACAGAGUCCAACAGUGCUCCCGAGCAAACUGAAGUUCAAGUACAGGAAACAAGCCCUGAGCAGCCCACAGCAGUACCAGAUGCAGACGCCGCAGUGGAAAGUGUGGCCCCCCCUCCUGUGGAGGGUGCUGCAGACGAAGCUGUGCCUGCAUCUGAGGAGCAGCCUCAGGAGUCACAGGCUGACCUGGAAACGUCUGACAAUUCAGAUUUUGGACAUCAGUUGAUAUGUUGCCUUUGUAGAAAAGAAUUCAAUUCUAGACGAGGUGUUCGUCGUCACAUUCGAAAAGUACACAAGAAAAAGAUGGAAGAACUAAAAAAGUACAUUGAAACACGAAAGAAUCCAAACCAAUCCUCUAAAGGACGCAGUAAGAAUGUUCUAGUUUCAUUAAGUAGAAGUUGUCCAGUAUGUUGUAAAUCAUUUGCUACAAAAGCGAAUGUAAGGAGGCAUUUUGAUGAAGUUCAUAGAGGACUAAGGAGGGAUUCAAUUACUCCUGAUAUAGCAACAAAGCCUGGGCAACCUUUGUUCCUGGAUUCUGUUUCUCCUAAAAAAUCUUUUAAGACUCGAAAACAAAAGUCUUCUUCAAAGGCUGAAUACAAUUUAACUGCAUGCAAAUGUCUCCUUUGCAAGAGGAAAUAUAGUUCACAAAUAAUGCUUAAAAGACAUAUGCAAAUUGUCCACAAGAUAACUCUUUCUGGAACAAACUCUAAAAGAGAGAAAGGGCCUAAUAAUACUGCCAACAGUUCAGAAAUAAAAGUUAAAGUUGAACCAGCAGAUUCUGUAGAAUCUUCACCCCCUUCCAUUACCCAUUCUCCACAGAAUGAAUUAAAGGGAACAAAUCAUUCCAAUGAAAAAAAGAACACACCGGCAGCACAGAAAAAUAAAGUUAAACAAGACUCUGAAAGCCCUAAAUCAACUAGCCCGUCAGCUGCAGGUGGUCAGCAAAAAACCAGAAAACCAAAACUUUCAGCUGGCUUUGACUUUAAGCAACUUUACUGUAAACUUUGUAAACGUCAGUUUACUUCCAAACAGAACUUGACUAAACAUAUUGAGUUGCACACAGAUGGAAAUAACAUUUAUGUUAAAUUCUACAAGUGUCCUCUUUGCACUUACGAGACUCGUCGGAAACGUGAUGUGAUACGACAUAUAACUGUGGUUCAUAAAAAGUCAUCUCGCUACCUUGGGAAAAUCACAGCCAGUUUAGAGAUCAGGGCUAUAAAAAAACCUAUUGAUUUUGUUCUAAAUAAAGUGGCAAAAAGAGGCCCUUCAAGGGACGAAGCAAAACACAGUGAUUCGAAACAUGAUGGCACUUCUAAUUCUCCUAGUAAAAAGUACGAAGUAGCUGACGUCGGUAUUGAAGUAAAAGUUACAAAAAACUUUUCUCUUCACAGAUGCAAUAAGUGUGGAAAGGCAUUUGCCAAAAAGACUUACCUUGAACAUCAUAAGAAAACUCAUAAGGCAAAUGCUUCCAACUCACCUGAAGGAAACAAAACCAAAGGCCGAAGUACACGAUCUAAGGCUCUUGUCUGAUAACUUCAAGUGAUGUACGAAAAGGUUUGGAGUUCAUGUUUGUGGAAAGACUUUAAGUUGUUGUUAGAACCACUAAACGUCUUCACAUGGUACUAUGAGGAAAAAAAAAGAACGUUUUCAUAACUUUCCACCCGUAACUGCUGUAAAAUAAUAACCAUCUAACCAGGUCUAAUCCCAGUGCCUACCCUGCACUUUGAAGUCGCUGUGACUUACAUCUUGUCUUCAUAGGCCUUCAGCCAACCAAUUUGACCUUGUGCAUUUGGUCUACAGUUUCUACAAAACUGUUGCGUAUUUUGUUUUUCAAAUAAUUUGUUGAUUAAAGUGAUCAACAACUUGAAGAAAAGAACAGUCAAUUGACAUAAAUUUUAUGUUUAGUGGAUUUAAGUUUUGUUUCACUUUAUAUGGAAAAAUUUUCAUCUGAAUUGUACAGAUAAAUAAGAUUCUCUAGUGAGCAUAUGUUAGGAACAAAAGACAAAUUAGUGUCAACACAUUAUAAAUAUUUAGCCUACUAAAUAUUUGUAAGCAUUUUACAUCCAUUUAUUUCUAGCUUUUUCUUCAGCACUUAAAUAUUUGAAAGUUUUAUUUGAAAAUAUUUACUAAAGUUCUAGUUCAUUUUCACAUGUAGAUCAUUACAUUUUUCAUUUGUAAACAUCUGAAAUUUUUAUGAAAAUUAAACAUUCCCCUGUUUUUCUUUAAAUUUUAUAUAAAGCACUUUAAUGAUAGAUGCAAUCUUAUUUUUCAGUUCUUACUUUUUUAAAGGCCACACAUUUAACUAAUGUUUAUAUGAAGGUAGCUUUCUGAUACUUUAUAGAUGCAGACAAUCCAUGCACAGCCACUUAGUUUAUUUCUUUACUGCUAAAAAAGGAAGAUGAGGGUGUUAACCCUGAUCCCCCCCCAAAAAAAAUUUCAAAUGACUACUUUAGAUAAUAUUGGAUUUUACUGUAAAACUUAAAAAAUGACGAGUUCUUGUCCAUUUUUGUAAUCAAGAUUUUAGGAAAACAGAAAUCUAUCUUUAUGAAAAUUUGGACAGGUUUUUGUGUAUCAAUAUUUUGUACUUUUUAGGGGAUACUUUAUUUUUUAGUAAUUUGUGUCAAAUUAUUUUAAAAGGUACUGCAGAAAUUAUACCAUGUUUUUAUAUGGGUUCACUCCUGUAUUUAGAAUGGACCCUGUCCACUUUUUGUAUCAAAUUUUAAAUGUUGAAGGUCUAGAAGGUCAUAAUAAAAUGCUUCUGUAGCUAGAAAAACAUUUACCCUUCUCAGUGCUUUGCACUAAAAUAUACUGUGAAAGGAAAUUAGAAAGACUGUAAUUGUUGCUGGAAAUGUUCUUUAUUGAAUGUACAUGUUCUUGUUCAAAAAAAUGUACUAUAUGUGAUGAAAAUAAACCAGACUAAAAGUUA